UAGUGAUGAGCCUAAUAAAACAUCAUGAACAUCCAUCUCCUCAACGUUCUAAUUUAUUUUAUUUUAUAAAUCUAUGGAAAGGUGAAAUUUAAACUGGUACCCAAAAACAUAACCAGAGGAGGGGCACAGCGUGUGUAGAUAUUGAAGCAGAGAGAAAGGCACCCACCAGCUCAGAUCAGCACCACCUGUUUCUUCGUUCUGUUUUUACACUCUUUCUUGGCAAAAUCUCCCUAAAUUUCAGGGUUUUAUUUUUGUCCCUCUUAUUCUUCUCUCUCUUUAUGGUCCAUUCUUUUGUUAGAGCACUUUGAUUACCCAUUUCAGGACUUUAGUUUUCUCAUCAUUCCCUUCUGUAUAUUACAUUGAUCUUAAAGGAUCUAUUUUUCUUUAUUUUUUUCCUUUUCUUUCUUUUUUGUGAUUUUCUUUCCCACUUUUGUUUUCGUGGGUCUCCUCUCUGUACCUGAAUAUUCAACCCUUUUUUUUUUUUUUUUGUCGCAGUUCAUAUUUAUUUAUUGUUUUAUAUUGACUCAUGGAAGAUAUUUGAGCUGAAUACAUUUAAGUUUCAAUCUUCCUGAUGAAGAUGAUGCAGUAGGGGUCUUUCACCGCUUCCCGAAAUGUAAAGUUUUGUUUUUUGGUUAUAAAUUUGUGAAUCUCAUAAAUUCUUGUAGCACCCAAUUUGUUUUUGACAAUUUUGCAGCCUCUCCUUACCUAAUCUCAAGGAACCAGGUCCUCAAAAUGGACCCUUUCACGGUUUCAAACUAGUGGGUUAUGUUCUCGUUUGACAAGGUCCUUCCUUUUUCCAAUUCAAAAGACAAUCUAGUCUCAAUACUCAAACCCCUUCGUGCCCAUUUUUCUUGAUCUGUCACAAGAAAAAUGUAUGGAACCAAAAGCAAAAUAGACCUUGCCUUUGAAUACCAGUCUCAAGUAGCAGUUUUGCGGCCAAGCAUCCAUUCCAGGAGAGCAAAUCUGACAGUGAAAUUCCAAGACCUUUAUGGGUUCACAGUGGAAGGGAAUGUGGAUGAUGUGAAUGUGUUGAAUGAGGUAAGGGAGAAGGUGAGGCAACAGGGUAGAGUUUGGUGGGCAUUGGAGGCCAGCAAAGGGGCAAAUUGGUAUUUACACACUACCAUAGGACAAGGCAGUGCCCUAACAUCGUCCUUGAAAUUCUCAGCACUGGCUAAUGCUAUCACUUUGAAGAAGUUAAUCAGGAAGGGGAUACCCCCAGUUCUUAGGCCUAAGGUUUGGUUUUCUUUGUCAGGGGCAGCUAAGAAAAAGUCCACUGUGCCUGAGAGUUAUUAUGAUGAUUUGACAAAAGCAGUGGAGGGGAAGAUCACUCCUGCUACCCGGCAGAUAGAUCACGACCUACCACGAACCUUCCCUGGUCACCCGUGGUUGGACACUCCAGAGGGGCAUGCAGCUCUUAGGCGUGUUCUUGUUGCAUAUUCUUUCCGUGAUUCUGAUGUUGGGUAUUGUCAGGGAUUAAAUUAUGUGGCAGCAUUAUUGUUGCUUGUCAUGAAGACAGAAGAAGAUGCAUUUUGGAUGCUUGCUGUUUUGUUGGAAAAUGUCCUAGUUAAUGACUGUUACACUAACAACUUAUCAGGAUGCCAUGUUGAACAAAGAGUGUUUAAAGAUUUACUUGCUAAAAAGUGCCCGAGGAUUGCGAGUCAUUUGGAAGCUUUGGAAUUUGAUGUUUCCCUUGUUACUACUGAGUGGUUCCUAUGCCUUUUUUCAAAAAGCCUGCCUUCUGAGACAACUCUUCGUGUGUGGGAUGUUAUCUUCUAUGAGGGCGCUAAGGUUAUAUUCAACGUGGCCUUGGCAAUCUUUAAGAUGAAGGAAGACGAGUUAAUUCUAACCCAUCAUGUUGGCGAAGUAAUUAAUGUUCUGCAGAUGACCACUCAUCACCUUUUUGAUCCUGAUGAUUUGCUGACAUUAAUAUAGCAGUUUUACUUCCUGCUAUCACAAGAGCAAGCCUAUCUCACACAAGUUUCUCAAUUCUCAUUAAAGGGUGGAUAGUUUGGUUGGGGUUGGGGAAGAAAAAAUCUUAAUUUUUGCUUUUUCAAUUACGGUGAAGCGAGUUGGAGCUUUCCUUAACUGUUCUUGUGUUUGCAGGUGGCAUUUGAUAAGAUAGGUUCCAUGACAACCAAUACCAUAUCAAAGCAAAGGAAGAAGCAGGAACCUGAAGUGAUGAAAGAGCUUGAUCAGAGGAUCAGACGGCUAAAUUCCCUUAGAAUGGAUGACAAAUAGCAUUUGCUUUUGUCUUUUGUUUUUUGGGUACAUUGCUCUCUCUAAGUUAAUGUGAAAUGUUCUACUACUCUCUGCUGCCUCGAGCAGAAUGCUGAAUCUAUGCUUUUUUUUUUGUUUAAUUCUUCUCGGGGCAUCACACAAGCCCUGUUGAUUUUCAGGAUGUUUGUAGGUGAUAAGUGUAAAUCUGAAUAUGAACAUAUCAUAAACUAUUAAUUAAUGUUAUAUUAUGCAUCAAUCACUAAUUU